CUUCGGUUCAUUCCCCACUACCAAAAUAAUCUAACUGCGAAAUAGUUUGUUUACAUAUAAAUGUAUCCGGUUACACUCACACACCUAUAGAACAAAGUAGAAGAAGAAGUUAGUUGACACUGAGUCUUCUAUAAUAGUUGGAUUUCAGACAAGACUAAAGUUUAUUGGUGCUAUAAUUAGGACAUAAUAUGAAGAUGUGCAUAUCCACAGUCACCACAAGAAACUUUUAUCAGUUGACUUUUGUAGGAGUUAUGAGUCUUUGAACUUAGGAAUCUGUAUAUAAGAUAGCUGAAUAUUACACAAGCUGAUAUUGAAAAACAGAUAAGCUGAUUCAGCUUUAAUGGCAGACUCUACCCAACAAGGGUCAGAAAGUAUGCAAGUAUUCCAGAGGUUUAAGAUUAUUGGUGUUUUAGAUGUUAUACUUGCCAGUUCCUUACUGAUUUGUGGGAUAGUAGGUGCUAUAUAUGGGGAUGGUGGAUAUUUUGGUCCUCCUUAUUUUGUUGGAUCAUUUGUUACUGGUGUCAUUUUUCUCUUGAAAGGAAUUUAUUUAAUUAACUUAUAUAAGAAAGGAACAUCAGGUGCAACAGCUCUAGCUCAACUGUUAUCUUGCAGUACAGCUAUAAUCAUGUUUGGUUUCAUGUCAUGUCUUGUUGGAAUUGCCCUUUCAUCUAUCUCAGGAGUAUAUUCAAGUUGUGAUAGAAACUGGUUCUCAGAAACAGACAUAGCAUGUGCUUCUAAAAUAGGAAAGUAUAGAAGUGUUGCUAUACCUGCAUUAAUACUUAUCAUUCUUUGUGCAGUUUUGAACAUUUAUACACUUUAUUAUUUAUGCACAAAUCAAAGUAAAUUUGGUGUAAACUUUCGUAUGGGUAGAAUGACCACACAACAAAUGGCAAUGAAUAACCAAAUGUUAAUGAUGCAAAACCAGAUGUUAAUGCAACAAAUGGCAGCUCAAGGGCAAGCAGGACAUAUAGCUGGUCAAAAUUAUUCUGGUGUUCAUAUGGGAACAAGCUCUUAUGCUGGAUCUGCUUAUCCAAUGGGACCUAAUCCCGGCUAUCCCAUGGGUCCUGCUGCAGGCUAUCCAAUGGGUUCAGCCGCAGGUUUUACCAUGGGUCCAACAACAGGUUAUCCAAUGGGACCAGGUAUUCCUCCUCCUGAGCAGCAAUUUCCUGGACCUUAUCCACAACCAGAAGCUUCAUAUCCACCAGGGCCAAUUGGACUAUCAUCAGAUGUUAAAAUUGAUUUGAAUCAACCACCAGAACAGCCAUCUGCUCCUCCACCAUCUUAUGAAAGUGUCACUAAACAGUGAGAUACAACAGGAACAUCUGCAUUGUUAAAAUGUAACUGCUGUAUUUGAUCAUGCUUAUAAAAAAUCACUUUGUAAUAAAAUACUGUAGUGUUUUCAAUGAGAUUAAAGUUAAAAUUGGCAUUAAAAGCAAUUUGAAUGAGCAGUUAGAAUUAUUAUAAACCUCAGUAAGAAAUACCAUGAAACUUAUUGUAGCGAGAAACACCAUAAUACAUUUUAAGUACGAAUGCCUUUUUACCCUAUUUAAGUGGAAAUACCAUAAACAUUAUUUCAGUGAUAGACACCAUAAACAUUAUUUCAGUGAUAGACACCAUAAACAUUAUUUCAGUGGAAAAUACCCUAAACAUUAUUUCAGUAGGAAAUACCAUAACCUUAUUUUAGUGAGAAAUACCAUUAACCUUACUAAAGUGAGAAACACCAUUAACCUUAUUUUUAUAGUAGAAAAUACCAUAAUCUUCUUUCAAUGGGAAAUACCACAAACCUUAUUUCAGUGAGAAAUACCAUAAAUAUUUCUAAUGAGAAAUGUCAUAAUCUUAUUUCAAUGAAGACUUUGUUUAGUUAUCUAAAUAUGAUAGUGGAUUCUUUACACAGGCUGCAACAUUCAGUGUGAGAGAAAUGGCUGUUUAUAACAUACACAAUUAUUUUUUAUCCAAAAUCAACAUUUUGAUACUGACAAGAACCUAUUAUUAUUAAUCCACCUACUUUUAAUAAGUCUUAAGCCAUAGAGUUAAAAUUAAACCACCUAGAGUGGCCAUCCUUCUGUUGAAAGUCCUAUUACUAUUUUAUGACUUCAAGUUAAGUAAAGAAUCAUAUUACUUGGUAUGUAAUCACUUAAAUGUUCGUCACAAAAUAUGCUUGAAUCUCGGUCUGAUAUGAGAAACUAAUACCUUACACAAGUAAAGUUGACAAGGAAAGGCAUUAAGAUACUAUGCAAAAGAAGAAGAAAAGUCAGACCACUGCAUACAUGUUUAAAAAAUAUAUCUAAAAGAAAAUAUUCAUGAUAAAAUAAGUUUUACAUGAAGUGAAAGUAACUAUGUCGAUCUGAUUCUCGACGCUAACAUGGACCUUAUUUCAUAGUCAACUAAAUCUAGAAUCUAAAAUAUUUAAGUAUGACAUUUCCAGGAUUUUAUUACUUUCUCAAUUAUAUUUUAAAUUUUCCAUAAACUUUUAUAUAUAUAUAUAUAUAUAAUGCAUGCUAAUGAUAAAAUUGUUUUAACUGCAAAUGUGAAAUAUUUAUUUGUUCUCUGUUUUUAGUGUUUUAUAUUUUUUUUAUCUCAUGUCAUUUAUAUAUUUACAAUAUAAUAUAAAUUUACUUCUUUUAAAAGGUA